AUGAUUACGAAAAGAAACAAAAAACAGAAUUUGGAACAUUUCGAGUAUACUAAAAAUACUAAAGAGGUGAAAGAUGAAAAGACUGAAAUAUUAGGUUCAUCCAAAUCCGGCAUGAAAAUGGUUGGAGAACAAUCUAUUGGACAGAGUAGUGCUUUUGCUGUGCUUGAUUCGCAGUACAAAUCAUGGCGAUUGAUUGUGCGCAAUUUACCAUUUAAGACGACACAGGAAGAUCUACAAACAGUAUUUGGCAACUUUGGCCCACUCAGUGAAAUUGUUUUGCCGAAGUGCAAAGAUAAACGGUUCCCUAAUUCGUGUGCUGGUUUCGCGUUUAUCCAAUUUCGGAAACGUCAGAAUGCCAUGGAAGCAAUUGAGAAAUUAAAUAUGUCUGAGGUACUGGGAAGAAAAAUUGCAGUGGACUAUGCUUUGUCGAAAGAUACUUACGAAACAGUAGUACAUGAAGAAAAACAGAAGAAUGAAGAAAUUAAGAAAGAAAUCAAGCAAGAGGUUGAGUCGAACGAUGGCAGUAUCAUUGAGAAGGAGGGAAGAGACGAUAGCGAAAUCAAGGAAGAAGUAGUGAGUGAAGGCUUAUCUGAUGAAGAUAGUUACAAAAUCGAAAAGAAAUCAGAAAAACAAGCUGCACAAGAAUUCAAGGAAGACAAAGCAGUAUUGGAAGGACGUGUCGUAUUCAUCAGAAACUUGUCAUAUGAAACAACAGAUAAGGAGUUGAAGGAAGCCUUGUCCAAGUUUGGGAACAUUUCAUUAGCAGUUCUUUGUUAUUACGCGGGUAGUGAGCACCCAAAGGGAACCGCUUUUGUGCAUUUCGAAACAGCUGAUGGGGCAGAAAAAUGCUUAUCUGCCAUUGAUCAGGCUCCUGGUAUUUUAAUUGGUGGUCGUCGAAUUUUCGGUCAUCAAGCAUUGCCAAGAAGUGAAGCAGCAAGAAUUGAAAAGGAGAAACUGUCAAAAAAACCAAAAGACAAGCGAAAUCUUUUCCUUCUACGUGCUGGUUUUAUACGACCUGGUUCAACUGCUGCAGCUGGGAUGAGUGAAGCAGAUGCUGAGAAGCGUGCACGUAUGGCAGUAGUUGCACGAAAAAAGCUAAAGAAUCUUCACAUGUUUGUCUCUCCAACGCGUUUGGUUGUUCACAAUUUACCAAAACCUUUAACAGAUAAAGCCUUUAGAUCGAUGUGCUUUAUUGCAGCUGGCAAUCCAGAUGCCAAAAUAACUGAAUGUCGGAUUUGGCGAGAUAGAAAUAAAUUAGGUACGUCUGGUGAAGCCGUAUCUCGAGGUUUUGGCUUUGUCAACUUUUUGAACCAUGAGGAUGCAUUAUCAGCUAUGAAGCAUUUAAAUAAUAAUCCGGAUAUAUUUACCAAAGAAAAGAGACCCAUUGUUGAAUUUUCUAUUGAAAACCUGGUUGCUCUUCGACUUCGUGAAUCAAGGCUGAAGAAGUCGCAGCAGAACCAAAAGGGUAAUGAACAAGUUAUAUGUGAUAAGAAUAAACUGGAUUUGGAACAAACAAAGAAGCAUCUUUCGGCUGGUGGACAGAAACCUCUUCCUUCUUAUUUGGGACCAAAAAUUCGAAAAAGAGAUGCAAAUAUGAAAAAAGCUCAGGUGAAACAAAAAAUUGGUAAGAAAAGAAAACUGCAAGUAAGAAUGUCUGGAACAGUAUUAAAGAAAAGAAAGACAAAUCAUAUAGCUGAAGCGACGCCGAAGAAGAAAAAGACAAGUCGUUCUAAACAGCUUACAAAAUAUCUUACCCUCUCAGGUUGA